AUGGGGUAUGUCAAGUUGUGUCUGCUGUUUUCAGGUCAGCAGGUUCUGGGUCUGGUGGAGAACCAGAGUGACUGGUACCUGGGGAACCUCUGGAAGAACCACCGGCCGUGGCCAGCUCUGGGCCGGGGCUUCAACACUGGGGUGAUUUUGCUUCUGCUGGAUCGUCUGAGGAAGCUGAGAUGGGAGCAGAUGUGGAGGCUGACUGCAGAGAGGGAACUAAUGAGCAUGCUGUCCACCUCCCUGGCAGACCAGGACAUCUUCAACGCUGUGAUCAAGCAGAACCCGUUCCUGGUGCACCAGCUGCCCUGCUUCUGGAACGUCCAGCUGUCCGACCACACCCGCUCCGAGAAGUGCUACAAAGACGUGUCGGACCUCAAGGUGAUCCACUGGAAUUCCCCCAAAAAGCUGCGAGUAAAGAACAAGCACGUGGAGUUUUUCCGGAAUCUCUACCUCACCUUUCUGGAGUACGAUGGCAACCUGCUGCGGCGGGAGCUUUUCGGCUGUCCCAGUGAAACAGACCACAACAGCGAGAACCUUCAGAAGACUCUGUCAGAGCUGGACGAAGAUGACCCUUGCUACGAGUUUCGUCGAGAGCGAUUCACCGUCCACCGAACGCACCUCUACUUCCUCCACUACGAGCACGAGCCCAGCCCCGACAACACCGACGUCACUCUGGUCGCCCAGCUCUCGAUGGACAGGUUGCAGAUGCUGGAGGCCAUCUGUAAGCACUGGGAGGGGCCCAUCAGCCUGGCCCUCUACCUGUCGGACGCUGAGGCCCAGCAGUUCCUGCGCUACGCUCAGGGCUCCGAGGUGCUGAUGGGCCGCGGGAACGUGGGGUACCACAUCGUCUACAAGGAGGGACAGUUCUACCCGGUCAACCUGCUGCGUAACGUGGCCAUGCGGCAUGUCAACACGCCUUACAUGUUCCUGUCAGACAUCGACUUCCUGCCCAUGUACGGCCUGUACGAGUACCUCAGGAAGUCAGUAGUGCAGCUGGACAUGGCCAACGCCAAGAAAGCUCUGGUGGUUCCCGCCUUUGAGACGCUGCGAUAUCGUCUGUCUUACCCAAAGUCCAAGGCUGAGCUGCUCUCUCAGCUGGACAUGGGCACUCUCUUCACCUUCAGGUACCAUGUGUGGACUAAAGGCCACGCACCAACCAACUUUGCCAAAUGGCGGACAGCCACCACGCCCUACAGGGUGCAGUGGGAGGCGGACUUCGAGCCGUACGUCAUGGUGAGGAGGGACAGCCCGGAGUACGACCGCCGCUUCGUGGGCUUCGGCUGGAACAAGGUGGCUCACAUCAUGGAGCUGGACGCACAGGAGUAUGAGUUUGUGGUUCUGCCCAACGCCUACAUGAUCCACAUGCCUCACGCGCCCAGCUUCGACAUCACCAAGUUCCGCUCCAACAAGCAGUACCGGGUCUGCCUGAAGACCCUGAAGGAGGAGUUCCAGCAGAACAUGUCGCGGCGCUACGGCUUCGCUGCCCUCAAAUACAUGACGGCUGAGAACAACAGCUAGCCACCACUGCAGACCCUCACCCCCCCGGGCCUGAACU